AUGAAGAUAGUCAUCGUCGGCGGGGCAGCUGGCGGAAUGUCAGCUGCACUUCGAGCACGAAGACUAGACGAGGAUGCCCACAUCACAUUAAUUGAGCAAGGAGACUCCCUGAAUUACGCCAAUUCUGGAAUCCCGUCGUCUGUAGGAGGUGUAAUUGAAACAGACACCUUCCUCAUCCACCAGUCAGCAGCGGGGUUGAAAGAGCGGUUCAACAUAGACAUGCGGGAAAACACCGAGCUCGUCGGUAUCUCGAAGGAGAAUCAUUCAAUACUACUCAAAGCGUCAAACACGAACGAAACCUAUCAGUUGUCGUACGACAAACUGAUUCUCGCCCAAGGAGCUCAUCCCAUGCCGCUACCUGCGCCAGGCAUCGAAGGCGAGCAUGUUUUCCGGUUCCAGACGAUGCUGGAUCUGCAUAAAAUCAGGGAUUAUGUUUCUGGCCACUUUUUCAAGUCAGCUGCGAUUAUAGGCGGCGGAUAUGUUGCUUUGAAGGCCGUCGAAGCCUUGCACAAUUUCGGACUCCGAAUUAGCAUCAUACACUUUCAGAAUCGCAUUUGCCAGGAUUUCGACCCUGAUAUUGCCAAUUUGAUACAAUCGGAGCUUGUGAAAAAUGGUGUUCACCUCCAUUUAAACGCAAAGAUUCAGCGCAUCGAUAUUGGAACGGCUGAAGACAGCCGUGUUGUGACUCUGGUCAACGGGCCUAGCGUCCCAGCUGAUCUUGUCAUAAUAGCGACCGAUCUAGCACCUUGCACCGAAAUUACAAAACAAUCGGGCCUCGAAUGCAGAGAUGAUGGUGUUCUUGUCAACGAGUUCAUGCAAACCAAUGACCCCGAUAUCUAUGCGGUUGGCGACAUGACCAAGACAACCAAUUUCAUUUCGUCAACGCCCAAGACUUUACCUCUUGGUGGUGCUGCGAGCCUACAGGGCCGGCUUGCAGUUGACCAUAUAAUGAAACGUGCAAUCCCGUAUCGUGGUCACAUAGGCAUGUAUAGCUGCAAGGUCCUCACCUUGACUGUAGCUAUUCUAGGGCUUUCGGUGGAGAAACUCAAGGAAGUCGGGUAUCAUCCUCAAUUCGUGACAGUCCACGUUCCUGACCACACUGGUUAUUAUCCAUCAAGUCAACAAAUGACUCUGAGAUUGGCCUUUCAGCCCGCCAGUGGACGUCUUCUCAGUGCUCAGAUUUUGGGUCGAAGGGGAGUGGACAAGCGACUUGAUGUCCUGUCCGUUGCUUUGCAAAGCGGCAUGACUGUCUUUGACUUGGAGAACCUCCAGCUAUCAUAUGCUCCCGAAUAUGGCUCGGCAAAAGACCCCGUGAACGUGCUAGGCAUGGUCGCAGCUAACUUACUCCGAGGAGACCUGCAUACGGUCACGGCUGCUGAGUUGGAAGCUCGGCUCGAUGACUGGCAAAUCAUAGAUGUACAGUCUCCGGAAAUUUUUGCUCAAGGACAUGUUCCAGGAGCUCUCAAUGUUCCUAUUGACACCCUGCGCAAUCGUUUGGCUUGUAUAGACAAGCGGAAACCUGUUGUGGUCUACUCUAGAGUCGGCUAUCAUGGCUACCUUGCAUACCGAACCCUUGCUCAGCUAGGGUACAAAGUUUUUAAUUUAGACGGGGGAUUCAAAUUAUUUUCUGAAGGUGGGUCAAGACUGGGUAUAGCAUCUGGGAAAGUCAGUUGA